AUGUCUUUCCUGGUCUUUGGUGACCAGUCAUUGGAUACGCAUACUUUCUUGACCGACUUUUGUCAACAUAGAAGACCAAGUGUGCUUUCGAGAUCAUUCCUUGAGCAGGCUGGCUCUGCUCUUAGGGAAGAAAUCGAUAGACUACCAAGCCUCCAACGAAACAGAAUACCCGAGUUUACCACUAUACUCGAAUUGAAUAAGUUAUAUCACGCCAGAAACAUUAGAAACCCUGCUGUAGACAGCGCUCUUUUGUGCAUUACUCAAUUAUCCCAAUACAUUGAUCGUUACGAAAAAGAGCAUGGAGAUUCGACCAGUCCCAGUGAAACUUGCCUCGUUGGCCUGUGCACUGGGCUUUUUGCUGCAGCCGCAAUCGCCUCUUCUCCAUCGAUAUCUCAACUGAUACCCAUUGCCAUUCAAGUGGUGUUGAUGGCGUUUCGAACGGGUGCACACGUUGCAGCUCUUGCCGACAGGCUUAACAACCAAUCGGAAUCACCAGAAAGUUGGACUUAUGUCGUUCCAGCUGCUCAGGAAAGCGAAGUCAACUCAAUACUUAACGACUUCCACAAAGAAAACGCAACACCUUUAGUAAAUCAGGCAUACAUUAGUGCAAUAACUUCGAAAAGUAUUGCGAUAAGUGGACCUCCUUCAACAUUGAGAGCACUUUUUGCAUCUGAGACUUUCCAGGCAAAUCCUGUAUCUAUUCCAGUUCAUGGCCCCUAUCAUGCUGCUCAUCUCCGUUCGAGUUUGAAUGUGGAGCAAAUAUUGCAUUUGAAGGAUGAAAAGGUCCGGGAAGUGCUUGGAAACCUGAAAACUAGAUUUCCAGUCAUGUCCUGCACGACUGGAACUUGGUAUACCGAGCAAGAGCCUGAAUUAUUGCUCCAAGCAGUUUUGCUUGAGAUGUUGACAGAGCCAAUAAUGUUUAGCAAGAUUCUUCAUGGUUGCGUGCAGAAAGGCCGGGAAUUUCAAGGCCGAGAAUGCCUUAUUAUUCCGUUUGGCCCUACCAGUACGGCCAAGGUCUUGGCAACAGCUCUAGAGUCCCAAACAGAGCUUGAUAUAACUCUGAGGUCACUACAAUUCGGAAAUCAACAGGCGGCGAAGCAACAAAAUUCGAUAGAAGUAUCUCCUGGAAAAUACAAGCUUGCCAUUGUCGGAAUGGCUGGAAGAUUUCCAGAUGCUGCAAGUCAUGAGAAACUAUGGGAGCUGCUCGAAAAUGGCUUGGAUGUCCAUAGAAUGGUACCGAAGGAUAGAUUUGAUGUUGCGACACAUUUUGAUCCUACAAGCAAAAUCAGAAAUACCAGUCAUACUCCUUAUGGAUGCUGGAUUGAGAACCCUGGUCUUUUCGAUCCCAGGUUUUUCAACAUGUCUCCUCGAGAGGCAUACCAAACAUGUCCCAUGCAACGUCUCGGACUCGCGACGGCAUACGAAGCCCUGGAAAUGGCUGGCUAUGUCCCCAACAGGACGCACUCUACAAAGCUUGAUCGAAUUGGUACAUUUUACGGACAAACAAGUGAUGACUGGCGUGAAAUAAAUGCGGCGCAGGAUGUGGACACUUACUACAUUACAGGAGGCGUAAGAGCCUUCGGGCCCGGUCGAAUCAAUUAUCACUUUGGGUUUUCAGGACCAUCUUUCAAUAUCGACACAGCUUGCUCCUCUAGCGCCGCCGCGCUUCAACUAGCCUGUACAUCUUUGUGGGCUGGUGAUUGUGACACAGCCGUUGUUGGUGGUCUCUCAUGCAUGACAAACCCAGAUAUUUUUUCAGGACUCAGUCGAGGGCAGUUCUUGUCAAAAAAUGGUCCAUGUGCCACUUUUGACCACGAUGCGGACGGAUAUUGCAGAGCAGAUGGAAUAGGUACUGUCAUUAUCAAAAGGUUGGAUUACGCUUUAGCUGAUAAGGAUAAUGUUUUGGCUGUUAUUCUUGGAAGUGCUACCAACCACUCAGCAGAUGCUGUUUCAAUUACUCACCCGCACGGAGGAACACAAGAAAUUCUAUACAAGCGUAUUCUAGCCAAUGCGGGCGUUGAUCCCAAUGACAUCGACUAUGUCGAAAUGCAUGGAACCGGGACUCAGGCUGGAGAUGGAACGGAAAUGAAGUCUGUCACCAAUGUUUUUGCCUCACCAGAUCGAAAGAGGAGACCAGACCAACCGCUGUACCUUGGCGCUGUCAAAGCAAACGUUGGACACGGCGAGGCUGCAUCUGGUGUCACCGCUCUGAUCAAAUGCUUGAUGAUGUUGCAGAAGAACGCCAUACCUCCUCAUGUUGGUAUCAAGAAAACGAUCAAUCAAGGAUUUCCCAAGGAUCUUGCGGACCGCAAUGUACAUAUUGCCUUUAAGAAUACGCCACUCCCGAAAAAGAAGUCCGGAGCUCCACGACGCAUCUUUGUCAACAAUUUCAGCGCCGCUGGUGGAAACACUGGAUUGCUACUUGAGGAUGCACCUGAUCUACCUCCGAAAGUUGCUGACCCGCGCUCCACACAUGUCAUCGCUAUCACAGCCAAAUCGAAGUCAGCUAUGCUCAACAACGCAGAACGUCUGAUAUCUUAUCUCGAACGAAAUAGGGACAUAGAUAUUGCAGAUUUAGCAUACACCACCACGGCACGUAGGAUACAGCAUAAAUGGAGAAUGACAGUGACCGCGACCGAAACAUCAGAGGUCUCAACAGCGCUGAACUCUAAACUGCACGAACAAUUCAUUCCUGUCCUUCCAGAACCGCCAAGAGUUGCAUUUUUAUUCACAGGACAAGGGUCUCAGUAUGCAGCAAUGGGUCGUGAGUUGUUCGAAAACUCAUCACUUUUCAAGGAAAGUGUUAUGGAAUUCGAUAAUAUUGCCACCAUUCUUGGAUUUCCAUCAUUUAUCUCCUUGAUCGAUGGAAGUGUAACUGACGCUCAUGGCUUAUCACCUGUUAUGGUGCAACUUGCCAUUGUGUGCUUGGAAAUGGCAAUGGCUCGCCUCUGGGAAUCUUGGGGCGUCAAACCCUCCGUUGUAAUUGGCCAUAGUCUAGGCGAGUAUGCCGCUCUCCAUGCUGCUGGAAUAUUAUCUGCCAGUGACACCAUCUACUUGGUCGGAAGGCGAGCUCAACUCUUGAUCGAAAAAUGUACCGCUGGAACUCAUGCAAUGCUUGCAGUUCAAGGAUCAAGAUCAGCAGUAACCGAAGCACUUGAGGAUAUCGGAACACCGGUAAAUAUCGCUUGCAUCAACAGCACUCGAGAGACUGUCCUUAGUGGCGAGGCUGCCGAGAUCUCGAAAGUUUCCGAUCGACUAUGUAACUCUGGUUUUAAAUGCACGCAGUUGAAAGUUCCUUUCGCUUUUCACUCUGCUCAAGUAGAGCCUAUAUUAGAUCAAUUUGAGGUAUUGGCCAAAUCUGUACCCUUCGCAAGAGGCAAUGUCCCCCUCAUCUCCUCCCUACUAGGUAGAUGCCUUACCGAAACUGAGGAUAUUGAUGCUGCAUAUCUCCGCAAUCAUGCUAGACAGCCCGUUAAUUUCUUAGACGGUCUCGUUUCUGCCCAAAAUUCUGGCAUUAUAGACGAAAAAACUGUCUGGCUUGAGGUAGGGCCACAUCCAGUAUGCUUGGGACUUGUGAAAGCAACAGUGGGUAGUUCUACUGUUGCUGCUCCAUCGCUACGCAGAAAUGAAAGUGCAUACAAAACUCUCAGCAACAGUCUUAGCGUCUUACACACCGCUGGUCUUGAAAUUGACUGGAAUGAGUAUCAUCGAGACUUUAAUAAUUCGGUCCGUCUUCUUGACUUACCCACCUACGCGUUCGACGACAAGAAUUAUUGGAUUCAGUAUGAGGGAGACUGGUGUUUGACGAAAGGAGAUUUAACUGGAAAAAAUAAACUUCAAUUGGAGCCUCCCAAACCUAAGCUCUCAACUUCCACAAUUCACAAUGUCGUCAGCGAAAAUGUUGAAGGAGACGUUGCAACUGUUACCGCCGAGUCUGAUUUGGCACGAGCGGAUCUUCGCGGGGUCGUCACUGGGCAUCUUGUCAAUGGAGCUAUGUUGUGUCCAUCAUCUUUAUACGCAGAUAUGGCCAUGACUUUAUGCGAGUAUGGCUACAAGCUUGUACGACCUGAUGUCAAAAAUUUGGGCUUGGACGUUGGAAGAAUGAAGGUGCCUAAGCCAUUGAUAGCUGAUCCUCAAGGAAAAUCUCAAGUACUUACACUUACUGCCACUAUCAAUGCGGCAAUUGGCCGUGCUGAUCUUCUAUUUUCAACGGGAACUGACAAAGCUCGAGUCGAGCACGCAAACUGUCAAGUCUUCUUCGGCGACACCGAGGAGUAUCAUGCUGAAUUCCAACGCACUGCUUAUCUCAUUCAGUCACGAGUAGAUUGGCUACAGGAGGCUGAAAGGAAUGGCAAAGCUUCUAAAAUUAGUCGUGGGCUUGCCUACAAGCUGUUUGCUGCGUUGGUGGACUACGAUCAGAAAUAUCGUGGUAUGGAAGAGGUUAUUCUUGACAGCAUGAAGAUGGAAGCUACUUCACGUGUCGUGUUCCAAAGUACAGAAAAAGACGGGACUUUCAAAUGCAGCCCGUUUUGGAUCGACAGUGUGGCACAUAUUUCUGGAUUCAUCGUCAAUGGCUCGGAUGCUGUUGAUUCACGUGAAAAAGUCUAUAUAUCACAUGGCUGGGAUUCUAUGAAAUUUGCCGAGCCUUUGAGCGCGGAAAAGACCUACAGGUCCUACGUCAGGAUGCAACAGCGCAAGGAUAAGACUAUGGCUGGUGAUGUCUACGUUUUUGAUGGGGAUACAAUUAUCGGCAUGGUCGGCGGAUUGGCUUUUCAAGCCAUUCCUAGAAAGGUUCUUAAUAUGUUCUUACCCCCAGUAGGUGCAACGGCUGCUGUAACCGCUGCAAAGCCAGCUCCCGCGCCCCAAGAACCACGAUCUUCUAAGGCUUCGAACUCAAAGACUGCCAAGAAGACGCAAGUCACCAAAGCCAAUAUCACCAAGGUAAACCAGAAGCUCAUGUCGGUUACCUCCCAGGUUAUGGAUAUCCUCGCAGUAGAGGUUGGGGUCAAGAUUGAUGAACUUGUUGACAACAUUGCUUUCACCGAUCUCGGAGUCGACUCGCUUAUGGCCUUGACGGUGUGCGGAAGACUACGAGAAGAAUUGGAUAUCGAUAUUAAUUCUAACGAAUUUAUCAACUAUGCCAAUAUCGGAGCUUUCAAGUCAUUCUUAUCGCAAUUCGAAGGGAAGCCAUCGGCUGCCUAUAGUGAAGAUCCAAGCUCACCUCUCACUACACCUAGUCCCGGAGAAUCAGUACACGACCCACAAGAAGACUCGGAGUUCACAGAUCCUUCGGAUGACGAUGUUUCGGCGACUGGUACUGUAGAUAAUCUUGGUGAUAUUAUAAGAAUUACAAUUGCGGAAGAGAUGGCAAUCGAUAUUCUAGAGGUCGCGAGCUGCCCUGAUCUUGCUUCGCUUGGUAUGGAUUCACUAAUGGCACUUACGGUGCUUGGCCGAUUGAGAGAGAAGACGGGACUUUCACUUCCAUCUGAUCUUUUCCAGGUCAACCUGACCAUCCGCGAUAUCGAAAAGGCGCUCAAUGUCGAAGCGCCCUCAAAGCCAAAGCCAAAGCCGAAACCCAAGGCCCCAUCUGACAAGCCAAAGCCUACCAAACCGGCGAUCCCUUCUGCUAUUCCUACUGUGCAGGCUACGCCUCAAAGGAUAGCAAAUUCAAUUCUACUUCAAGGGAAUUUGAGAAAAGCCAGCAAGUAUCUCUGGAUGGUGCCUGAUGGAGGGGGCUCCGCAACCUCGUAUAUCGAGAUCCCAGCCCUAUCGUCUGAUGUUGCUGUUUUUGGUUUAAACUCACCUUAUAUGAAGACACCCGAAGAAUUUACUUGCGGUGUACCUGGUAUGGCUUCACACUAUAUCAAUGAGAUGAAGCGUCGCCAACCAAAAGGUCCUUAUCUAUUAGCUGGAUGGAGCGCUGGUGGUGUUAUUGCUUAUGAAAUAGUCAACCAGCUUACCAAGAACAACGAAGUCGUCGACAAACUUAUCCUACUCGACUCCCCAUGUCCUGAUAUUAUUGAACCUCUUCCAUCAUCACUUCAUGAGUGGUUUGCUUCCAUCGGUCUUCUCGGCGAUGGCGAUCCAAACAAAAUUCCCGCAUGGCUUCUUCCUCAUUUUGCUGCUUCCGUGCAAGCUCUUUCAACUUACAUGCCGGAGGCAAUAGAUCCAAAUAAGGUACCUCAAGUCAUGGCCAUCUGGUGCGAAGAUGGUGUUUGUAAACUACCAUCGGACCCACGACCGGAUCCCUUCCCGUAUGGCCAUGCCCAAUUUUUGUUAGACAAUAGAACGGAUUUUGGACCUAACAUCUGGGAUAAAUAUCUUGGCAACGAAAAAUUCGUGACCAGACAUAUGCCAGGAAAUCAUUUCUCCAUGAUGCAUACACCUCAUAUAAAAAUUCUAGGAGAUUAUAUGAGGGAAGCUCUUAUGAUGUGA